UACAGGCGGAGGUACAGAAGUUGUUUAGCGGUGGACGAGAUGGGUGAAACCUCUUCGGUUGAGAAUGAAUUUGAUGACUGGUUUAUCGAGUCUUUGAAAAUAUACAAUAAUAUUCACGAGUAUCAACUUGAACAUCCUACAAGAGUAAUUGAAUGGACAUCAGAAAAAACUAUAUGUGUUGCAGGUUACAGUUCAGAUAAAAAUGAAAUUUUAGAGCUGCUUUUGCCACUGAAACUUUUCACUGAUGAUAAUCAGGGUCUUUGUGCAGAACGAGAUUUCAAAGUGGUCCAUGGAGGUUUCUCAGAUGGCUCCAUUCAUUGCCUCAAACACAUUCCAGGAAGAAGGUGUGUCGUUACCAAUGAUGGCUUCAACUCCAAUCUCCAGGUGUGGGACUUAGGAGGAGACGAUUGUGAUGUCAUAAAGAGGACAGGAGUUUUACAACUGAAGAGUGCAUCAUCAGAUAAAGGUGUCAAAAUAGCCCCUGGGUUAACUGGAGACCCAUGUGUUCUUCAUGGCUCUCAGAUCAGCGACAUUCAACUGACUGAGCUGACGUCAGGGAAGCUACUCUACUCUCUGGGGAAAGACAUUCCAGAUUUACUAAGCUCCCUGCAAUUUGUGAGUGGCAGUGUAUUUCUCGCUUGUGCCUGCAAUGGUGACCUGUAUGUGGGGGACACACGGAAUCCUUCUGGUCUUCAGAAUAACCCAGCUGGAGGGAGAGAGGGCAUCCACUGGUGUAUGGGUGUUAAAACAGACCUGUCCUCAUCAGAUCCAUCCUCCUGUAGUGUAGCAAGGCUCUCCUCUGCCUGCCAAGUGGUUGUGUCUGAUCUAAGGGACCUAAGAGCCCCCUUGUGUCAAGCCCAGCUUCAUGUCCAGAGGAAAACUACCAGUGAUGACUUCAUGAAAGUGACCUGGGCGCCCGCUUUAGACAACUGUCUUGCUGUGUCAGGUUUUGACGGAAUGGUGCAAAUCUACGACACUGCUUCUUGGAGACCAGAGUUAAUGGAAUUCCAGCCUCUUUUUAUCCACCGAGGUCACAUGAUGUCCGACGAUCAGUUUGACACUUCAUCAGUUGUGGUCACCACUCAUGUUUGGCAUCCAAGUCGACCCAGGACUGUCCUCUCUGCUGCUGUAGACGGGUCUGUGCAUGUAUGGGACUGGGUCGACAAAGCCACUGCCAGCUGUUGACAUUCAAACACACUUACAGCUCAAUGUUAAUCAUUAUGCAGCGUUGAACCUUGCCUGAAGUCAACAUGUCCUUUUCAUUAUGUAAAGCACUAUUUGUGAUAAGAUGCCACUUGUUUGUUUUCCCAUUCUUAUGAGUAGUUGUUAUUCCCAUACUGUACACACAUUUGCAUGGAAGAGGUAUUCUGGGUUUGUACUAAUUAUAUAUUGUAAGAGAUAUUUCACUAUAACAUUUUCAUUCAACGGAUCUCUUCAUGUACCUGCUAAAUAAGACAAACCCUGGACCAUGAA